CAUCAGAGAGCUCACACAGGGGAAAAACCCUAUGAAUGUAAUGAGUGUGGAAAGUCAUUUUGCCUAAAUACAUCACAGCACACUGGAAAAAUACAUUAUCAGUGUGUUGAGUGUGGAAAAUCCUUUUGCCACAAAUCAUACCUCCAAAAGCAUCAGAUAGCUCAUAGAAGAGAGAAAUUCUCAUUGCCAGAUCUACUGAUCAAGAACCCUCCUUUGGAAGCGAGUCCCUGUCUAGGGCCAGGUCCGUGGAGCACGCUCUGGGAACCGUCCUCCGUCAGCCAAUACAGCUCUGUCUUCAUAGGGAAGGGCCCAGUUCUCAGCAUCCCUGCCUUUAACUUCCCGACAAUGCCAAAAGUGGACAUCAAGCAGGAAAGCCCCGGAGAGCCACGCUCAGGCUGCAGGGCACUGGGAGUGGGAACCACCCGGAGACAAGGGCUUCAGGGGCAUUUUCUUCUCCCAGGAAUGGCGGCAGAGCAGGGGUAA